AUGCGGCCACUCUCCUGCGCGAUGAGCAUCCUGCCCUCCGCCCAGGCGGAGGAGUUCCUGUGUCCAGGAGCUCCGAGCCUGCGGCCGAUGUUCUCCACAAGCCACCCGCUACUCGGCGCCAUCAACGCGAUGGAGCGGUCGUCCGAGCUCGGCCAGGUCAAGGCCAUGGUGUCGACGUUGCACAACGAGAUGAUGAGCCUGCGCAGCCUGGGCCGCGACGACAGCGCCGUGAAGAGCCAGCUGACGGCGGCGCAGCAGCGCCUCGAGCAGCUCAAGAAGUGCGGCGGCGGCGACAUCGACGUGGUGCCGUUCGCGGAGCUGGACGCCGAGGUCCAGGAGCUGUGCACGGGCAGCCCGUCCCUGGAGUUCGCCCCCGACUCCACCUUCGUGCGCCAGGCUGGCGCUGAGGGGCACUCGAUCCCCGCGCCCUCCCGCGGCAUGCAGCCUGUGUGGUGCGCAGGCCUGCAGCGCGUGGUCGGAGAGUGGCCGCAGGGCGCUGCUGCCGCUGGGGAGGAAGCUGCGGCCGCCGAGGAGGCGGCGCCAGAGGAGGAGAGGAGGAGGAGCUCGAGGGGGAUGUGCCCGAGGAGGAGCCGGCCGACGAGGAGGAGUACGAGGAGGUGGCGGAGGAGGACGCCGCGCCCGAGCAGCCCGUUUUCCAGGCCGGCGAGCUGGUUGAGGGGUACUGGCCCGAUGACGACACGUGGCUGCCGGCCAAGAUUGUCAAGGUGCGCGCCAGCGGCGAAGUGCUGA